CUGGGUGACCAUCUCUGGAUCCUCCGGAGCUCCAGCAGCAGAAUCACAGCGCGGACAGGCAGCGCACGGAUCAGGAUCUUCGGUUUCGGAUUAGUCCUCCUCACAGCUAUGAACAUCCACCACGCCAAAUAAGAAGAAGUAAACGGAGCUCUCUCUCUCACACACAAUAAUAAUCGCAUCGAGGAUGAACGGGACUGCAGGAUCGAUCACAGGAGCGGCUUCUUGCCGUUUCGCCCACUAUUUUGUUGUGUGUGGGGUGGACACGGAGACGGGCCUGGAGCCGGACUACGGAGCAGGAGAAGGCUUCGAGCAGAGCCCCAUUCGGAGAUCCUUCAAGUCAAAGGUUCUGGUGCACUACCCUGAAAACACAGACAGAAACCCUUUCAGUAAAGAUGCUGUCAACAUGCUCUGCAUGCCGAGGGGUCUCUCCUUCUGCACGCAGGCCGACAGACUCGACCCUCAGUUUCACUCCUUCUCCAUGUCCUUCGACGACGGCGCCCGAGCCUACGGCUUCGUCCACACCUUCUACGAGGAGGUGACCUGCGCUCAGAUCAUCACAGCCAUGCAGACUCUCUUCCAGAUGCACCACGUGGAGCACCACUCCGCUUCCUCCGCCUCCUCGUCCUCGUCCUCGUCCUCCGCCUCCUCGCCCUCCACCUCCAGCAUGGACUCGCUCGUGAGCAGCUUGGACGAGUCGGACGCCGAGUCCCUGGUCGGGGUCAACUCCUGCCUCGGCUGCGCGAGCUCCUUCGAUCCGGCGCGGGACACCCUGUACGUGUCCAAAGCCCUCUGCCUCCUUACGCCGCUCCCCUUCCUCCAGGCUUCUCGACAGUUUCUGUCUCAGCUGCACCAGGCGGUGACAUCGCAGACCGCCCCGCCCCUCCCGCUAGAAAGCUACAUCCACAACAUCCUGUAUGAGGUGCCGCUGCCCCCACCAGGCAGGUCGUUAAGGUUCCACGGGGUGCAGGGGCCCAUCCUGUGUCAGCGGCCCGGGCCGGGGGAGCUUCCCCUUGGGGAGUAUCCCCUCAGAGAGGCGUUCUCCCUGCUGGGGGUCGACAGCAUGGUGCAACUACUAACCUGUGCCCUCCUGGAGACACAAGUCCUGCUUUACUCUCAGGACUACCAGCGUUUAAUGACGGUGGCUGAGGGCAUCACCACCCUGCUGUUCCCGUUCCAGUGGCAACACAUCUACCUGCCCAUCGUUUCCACGCCGCUGAAUCACCUCCUGGACGCUCCUGUGCCGUUCCUCAUGGGUAUCCAGCACAGGGCCGGCGCUCAGCGGUCCUCUCUCCACCUACCGCACGAGGCCAACUUGUGCUUUGUGGACAUCGACAACCACUGUGUCGAGGUCCCCGAGGACCUUCCCCUGUUUCCAGACCAGACUGAGCUCGUCCAGGAGCUGAGCGAGGUUCUGCUGCGUUUUGGACUCUCUCCACAGGGCAGCGCUGUCACUAAGCCCACCACCACCACCGCCGCCACCACCACCGCCGCCGCUGUCACCUCCCCUCGCCUGAGCAGCCUGGUGCUGGAGGACCUGAUGGAGGACAGGAGGAACGGGAAUCUCGGAGGCGAAGAGCUGGCGGUUUUGGAGAGGCUGCAGGCCCUGGCUCGCAGGUGCGGAGGAGACAAGACGUCGGAUGGAGGGAAGACGCUUAGACACGUGUUUGAGGAGGAAGAAGAGGAGAUGAGGGAUGCAAAGCUGAACAUUCAAUUGAGGGAGGUGCUUUCUGGACGUUUUGCCGCCAUGUUUGGCAGGUAUGAAGAGUUUGUUAUCCACAGCGCUCUGGAUUUAGACUCCUGGUUGAGCAACCGAGAGGGAACUGCCAGUUUUGACAAGGGUUCCUUCCUCUCAGUCCAGUCUUCAACCCACUUACACUUCCUGUCCCGUUUCCUGGAGACGUCCAUGUUUGCCUCUUUUGUGGACGGGAAGGUGAUAUCUCGCUGGGCGGACAGAGAGCCGCUGCAGCAGCUGUUUGACAGCCGUCUGGAGAGAGAGCGACUGUACGAUACAGACGAGGAAGACGCCCACAACUGUCACUACAGAAAAUGCACCUCGCUCUUUGAGUCAGCUCAGGCCGUGGAGCGCAGGAUGCUGAAGGCGGACCACACAGCCAUACACCCCCACCUGCUGGACAUGAGGAUCGGCCAGGGUCUUCACCAACCGGGCUACUUCCCCAAACUGCAGGCUGAUGUGCUCACACAGGGACAAAACUCCAACAAGUGGUCGAGUCGAAUGACGGCUUCACGCAGGAGCGACCCCAAGAGGUCAACAGUGACUGAACACUCAGGAGUGGACAAUGAACAGAGACAGAAACAUUCAUUUGCGAGGAAAAACCUUCGCCAGUCUAAGCUGCUCGACACGUUGCCACAAGCCGUCGCUCAGACUCACCGAGAGUUUGUCCACGGUCUGCUGAGCGAGUGUCGUCUGAAGACCAAACGGAUGCUGAUGGAGAGGAUGGGGAAGGAGAGCGUUGAACUGGGUCAGGGGGAGGCCAACAUCACGGGCCUGCAGGAGAACACACUCAUCCACGGCCUGUGUGACCUACUGGAGAGAACCUGGGGCCACGGGCUGCAGCUGAAACAGGGGAAGUCGGCUCUUUGGUCCCAUUUACUUCACUUCCAAGCAGCCCAAGGGAAGGCGGGGACACCAGCUGAGUCUCCAGGGUGUAAUGGUUCAGACACAAGAACGGUUGAUGACGGCGCUCUUCUGCUGAGAGGAACAUUAAUACAGGACAUGAGGUUCAUUCAGACCAUGAGUGAGGGUCUAUCUGAGGUGGGUCAGGCUCGGGCCUGGAUCCACCUGGCUCUGGAGAAGAAGAUGCUUUCCCAACACCUUAAGGAGCUACUCACACACCAGGAGUUGCUCAGGAAGCUCUAUAAACCUCAUGCAUUUCUACUCUGUGAGGAAGAAAGGGAGCAGUUCCUGUUCCACCUGCUCUCUCUCAACACUGUGGACUACCUCUGCUUCACACGCGUCUUCACCUCCAUCAAUAUUCCAUACCGUGUUGUCAUUGUACCCAUGAAGAAGCUGAGCAUCGCUAUGGCAACAGUUGAUCCUUGGGUGUGUGUCUCAGGAGAAAUGGGCGAUUCAGGAGUUAGACAGAUCCCAAAGAACACACAGGAAAUCUUCUUCCAGUGUAAGAACCUGGGCAGGCUGAGCACUCUGCAGCUGGGACAGGAGAACUCCGGCCUGCUGGCCAAGUGUCUGAUAGACUGUGUGGUGGUGUACAAUGAGAUCACCGGACACACAUACAAGUUUCCUUGCGGCCGCUGGCUGGGGAAAGGCGUGGGCGAUGGAAGCUUGGAGAGAGUUCUCAUUGGUCAGCUGGUGACACCUGGUGCUGAGGAGGACGCUGGAAGGUGGACAGGGACGCCUCCGGAGCUGGCCUCUCCUUCACAGACUGUACGGACAGUGCUGGGAUCGCUUGGCAGCAGAAGCAGGAUGGCAGCUGUCGAGGUGCAAGAGGACAUGAGGGAGGCGGCGAAUAACCUGGUGAAACACUUCCACAAACCUGAACAAGAGAAAGGAAACCUGACGGUCCUGUUGUGUGGUGAAGGAGGUCUGGUGCUCUCUUUGGAGAAUUUUCUUCUGCACGGGUUCAAAUCUAACCGUCUGUUCCAGAGGAAUGUGUUUGUUUGGGACUUUGUGGAAAAGGCUGUGGUUUCCAUAGAGACAGCGGAUCAGAUGGGUGACCUGCAUGGAUCAACGCUGACAAAGGGUCCACCUGUUGACUCGCUGUGCCACUAUGUCAACGCAAUCAACGUCUCACCCCGAAACAUUGGAAAAGAGGGCAAGUUCCAGCUGUUUGUCUGCCUGGGAAUUAGGGACCGGCUCCUCUCUCAGUGGCUCCCCCUGCUGGCAGCAUUCCCCCUGACAGCACGGACAUACGAGGAGGGGGCUCUGCUGAGGGACCGUGCCGCCGUGCACUCGCUCUCCCGCAUCUUGCACACACUCAAUGAGUUCACGAUCACCCUGGAGGCCGCGCUCGUCAAAGGAGUCGACCUCUGACCUUGAAAAAUAUAUGAACUGGCUUUUCCUGCUGUGUUACCUGCUGCAAGGAUUUCUGAUAGGUUCACAAAUUCAUCUUUUCAUCCCCGGGAGAUGGAAGUGCAUUCAGACUCUGAAAAAUGUGACAUAUUUAAAAAAAAAAAAGGACAGUGGACUAUAAGAGAAUAUGCUGGCACCUGGAGCUCCAAACAUUUUGCCUUGUUCCUUGAUGUAAAUGUCUGAUAUACUGUAAUCGCAUCAGUAAAUAGCCUGAUGUUUUCCUAUAUUUGUUUACACUGUGAAAUUCUGUUUCCCCUGAGGAGAAAUAGAGAGUCAUUCAUAACCUCACAUCUACAGUAGAUAUUUUCACAGCUCACACCGUUUACUGUAUACCCAACCGUGAACCACUAGGACUCUCCUUUCGACUGCUGUAUUGCUUUGCACUUGAAUUUUAAACUAAGCACAUGCAUGGCCAAAAUAUGUUUGUUUGUUUUAUGUCUUAUACUGUGUUGUGAUAUAUCAGGACUCAGGCCUUAUUAUAUACAAGCAUAUUUCUUGAGUUCCUUCAUUGAAUAUCUUAGUAUAUAUAUAAUCCAGGACAACUCCUCUCCCAAAUAUGUUAACAAAAUGUUAUAUUCUUAAACUCUUUCCUGUUAUUCAGUUUGGAGUCACACACUGCAGAGUUGUGCUCAUGGAAUCAUUGCACUGAAACCAAACUGGUGUCCUCAUUGUGUCAGCUCAAAUGGUCUUUGUCACUUUGAUAGAACGCCUUUUCCCCCUCUCUGUUAUUGUAAAUAAGUUGCCUCAUUAGAUCUUUCAAUAGAAUUGUGCCCAUUUUCUUAUGGUGUAAUGAAUUUGUGGCAUAUUUUUUCUGUCUUAAGUGCAUCCGGUUUUGUGUCUGUAUAAAAACAAAAAGAUCCCAGCACUGGUCAUGCAUUUUUUUUGUUUCUUGACUGUUUAGUUGUCUUCUGAUAUAGUAGAGCACAGAUCUUUCAAAACCAUUUGGUAUUAUGUUGAUGUUGCAUUUAAUUUAACAGAUGAAGUAUAAAAUCACUGUCUCCUGCACUGCCCUGCAAGCACUAUGGUACUGACAAAGACCAAGCCUCUCUAUUAUCAUUUAAAUACAGAUUAAGGGAAGCAAUAAUAAAUUGUUAUUUAUGAAAUGUGUGGUUAAAGAAUAAAGUGAAUAUUGACUGAAUGAACACUCUUG